AUGGGCCAUCGUUGUUGCAGCAAACAAAAGAUCAAAAGAGGAUUAUGGUCUCCUGAAGAAGAUGAUAAGCUUGUUACAUAUAUCACCACUCAUGGACAUAAAAGUUGGAGUUCUGUCCCAAAGUUUGCAGGCCUACAGAGAUGUGGAAAGAGUUGCAGAUUAAGAUGGACAAACUAUUUGAGACCCGAUCUCAAAAGAGGUUCCUUCACCGCCGAGGAAGAACAUAUCAUAAUUGACAUACAUAGAAUUCUUGGAAACAGAUGGGCCCAAAUAGCAAAGCAUCUUCCUGGUAGAACUGACAAUGAAGUGAAGAAUUUUUGGAACUCAUGCAUUAAAAAGAAGCUGAUUUCUCAAGGCUUAGAUCCACAAACUCACAAUCUACUUUCUUCACAUAAAAGAAACAACUCAUCAUAUCAAAACUCCAAUUCCAUUUUCAUUCUUAGUUCACAAAUGCAACCAAAUGCUAAUUAUCUCGUCGAAACAACAAAUCAAACUUUUUCACCACCAAAUAUUAUUCAAACUCCUUCUACAAUUGUUUCCACUAACCAAUAUCAAACAUCUUUCAAUGUAAUUUCAAAUCAAAUAUGUGUUCCCGAGCAAGAACAAACUCAAAUAUUAUCCGAAAACAUAUCGAACAUUUGUUCGUCAUCCGGCCUAGUUACUACUGUUGUUGAGAUGUCUAAGAAUGAGAAUAGCAUUUGGGGUUCAAGAGAUGAAGAAGGAACACAAGCUCAAGUGAUGAAAGAGAAGGAGAAGAUGUGUGAGAAGGGAAUGGAUUUUAGUGAAAUUAAUGAGAAAGGAGAUAUUGAAAUGAAUGGUUGUUUUGAGAAUUCUAAGUUUGAUUUUGGGUUGUUGGAGAGUGUACUUAACUCUGAAUUUAUAUCUCAUGAUCUAGAUUAUAUGGAUGAACUUGCAUGGAAUUUUUAG